AUCAUCUUUGCCCGAGCCUCGUCUUAAAUUUAAAUUUACUUGUUGACGGAACAAAGCAACGAGGCCAAAGUUUGGAUACUGUCAAAGAAAAAAGGCGUUGCGACCAACAAAGAUGGCGGACGGCGUGCAAACUCAAGCUAGUGAAGUUUUACAAUCGAUUGCUCGUCAUAUAAACAGUCUAUCCGAGAACAGUAAAAUGACUAGAAGAAGAGCGUUGGAAGGUAUUCAAAAGGAAACGUUUGGGAGGAAGCCGGAACUAGACAGUGGCGUUUUAGAAGAAGUAUUCAGUGAUACCUUCAAACAUUUACUAAAAAUUGUGUCGGACCCAGUGGAAAAAUGUAGAGAACUUGGUAUUAGUUUGAUUCGUGAAUAUUUCACUUUUGUGCAGGGAUCACUGAGUAAUUUACCAUAUUUGAUGCCAGUACUUGUGCAACGACUUGGGCAGCAAGAAAUAGUCGAACCAUCAGAAGAAAUCCGCCUUCAGUUGGUAGAAAUAUGUACAUUACUUGUUGAAAAAUCCAAAAAGAAAAUCGCUCCAUAUUUGGAUGAUAUGAUUAAGAUAUUGAUAAGAACUUUAAUGGACCCUUACCCAGAAGUAAAGAAGGAAAGUUGCAAAUGUUCAAUAAUUUUAGCAGAAACCAUUCCCGAACAUUUCCACAUGCAGUCUGAAUCUUUGAUCAAACCUCUGCUCCAAAAUAUAAUUCACCAACACUCAAAAGUAAGAGUAUCAGUCAUUGAAGCCAUAGGUGCUGUAAUCCAAAACGGCAAUAAUAAGUCAGUUGAAGAUGUGGUCUCUCAUUUUGCUCAGAGAAUGUUUGACCAGUCCCCACAAGUAAGGAAAGCAGUUACAUUGGUUGUUGGCAACUGGUGUCUGCACCUUUUGGAUCGAUACUCCUUUUUCCCCAAACUGAUUCCCCUCCUUCUGACCAGUGUUACAGAUGAGUUGCCAGAGAUUCGCGAAAUGGCUGAUUCAUUUUGGCAUGAUACGGGUAUAAAAUAUUACAAAGAAAAUGAGGAAGAAUUAAAAGACAAAGAAGAUUUUGCCCAACCGGAUCCAGCACAUUACCCAAGUGGUGUUGAAAGACCAAACCUGGGGUGCAGAACACUAAUUUACAGACAUCUGUCAAAGAUCCUUCCUGCCCUUAUUCGAGAUAUGGGAGACUGGGUUGUUGCUACAAGGAUUAAAUCAGCUCAGUUGAUGACUACACUGAUAGUGAAUGCAGAGGACUGCAUGACUCAACACAUGGCAGUUCUGCUGCCAGGUCUUCACAAAGCUUGUUCUGAUGAGGAAAAAGAGGUGGUGAAGAAUGUUGGUAGGGCUGCUGAGUUGGUAGGUUACUUUGUAGAGCCUGAAGUCUGGUGUAAGCUGGUCUUGGGGGCUAUCAAGAGUUCACCAGGCUAUGGUCAACUGAUGGUUCUUGCUAACAUUAUCAGAGGUUCACAAAGGGAGCUGCUGAAACCAAAGCUGGAGGACAUCUGCAGUGUGUUGUCACAUCCUGAUACCUGUAGAACUGUACAGACUGAAGUCCAGUCCCAGUUGCUGUCCUGUGUGUUGUCCAUCUCUCAGGUUUGUCAGGAGGACUGUCCACCACAUGGUCAGCAGUUGUUUACAGUGCUGGUCACAUUGCUGGCUUUGACCAAUGAUGAUAGCAUAAGAUCUCAGAUGAGAGCUGUUUUGGAUAUCCUUGCAAAAACCCAUGGUCUGUCAUCAGGCCAAGAUUUAUACAGCCUGUACACAAAGCCUCUCCUUGAUACAUUCCAAGAUAACUAUGCAAUGUGGAAUAACUUCUCUGUGGAGAGAGCAAUAUUUGAUGCUUUGCUGGUCGAAUCAGGCCCAGUUGUAGGAGAGCUUUUAGAAGAUGUCAUCCCAAUCAUGGUUGCCAAUCUCAACCCAGAAAAAGACCCAGAGAUUCGACUCAAAUUUUUCUCCUUGCUCUCCCGGCUGAUGCUGAAUGCGGCAGGCACUCUGGACUCCCAGCAGAGAUUUGGUGACUUUGCAGUCACUGUGGUCAAGGAUAUGGUGAUUCCUAACUGUGUUUGGAAGGCUGGGAGGAUAGCAAGUGCAGUCAGAAAAACUGCUGUGUCAUGUCUUUGGGCUUUGCUGAAGAGUGGGGUGUUACCCAAGGAAAAGGUGGUCACAGUGAUGGAGGAGGUCCUGACACAAGUGGUCUCUACUCUAGAUGAUGAUGAUAAAUCUACCCGUCUCAUCACCUGUCGGGUUUUGAUGCACCUUUUCAACCUCCUGGGGACAAGCAUCGACCAAGACCGCCUGCACAACAUCUCCCCAGAGCUCAUCAAGAGGCUGGACGACAGUAGCGAUGAUAUACGUGUAGCCGUUUCCAAGACAUUCCUUUCUAUGCUAGAUUGCUUUGAGAAGCCUUACAAUGUGGAUUUAUACAGGGCACACCUUGAGUUCAUGUUUAAAGGAUUACUGGUGCACUUAGAUGACCCUGAAGCAAAUAUCCAGGAAGCUGUUUUAGAGGUUUUGAUGAAAGCAGCUAGUCUUCAACCAGCAAUGCUUGUGAAGGAAAUAGAAAGCGUGAAACACAAACACAGGACUCCUAAAUAUUGUGAUGCUCUGAUAGAGCACAUCCAGACCAAUCUUGCAGCUACAUAGGAAAAAUAAUGGACGCUGGGUCUCCAUUGAUUGUAGUUACAGUGAACCUGCACUUUGAGAAGACUUGUGGAGGGUGUACUGCUCACUAAUGACAAAGCUACUUAUGAACUGGACAGUCACAUCUGACUGACAUGGACUGUUUAUUUGAAAUGGUCUUCUGAUUCUUCUGUGCUUGAUAUAGUUAAGUAUGUUUGAUUAGUGAUAUUCACUGGAAACACUUUGCACCAUUUGAUACAAGCAAGAGUUCUGUGAUUCUUAUAUAUUGUCACAGAAUCGAUACUCUCAAUUAUCAAAAUUGAGUUGAAUUUCUUUUCAGUCAAUGAUAUUUUUGAGAGAUAUUUUGUAAGAGAUGAAUAAAAAUGCUUUGGAAAGUGCUAUUGGUGUAGGGUCAUCAACUUAGUAUUUUGUAUACACUGUGAUCAUAGAAAAAUAGUGUAAUGGUAGCUCUUAGAAGAUGUAUUUGAAAUUUUUUCAAGUAUUUUGU